CAAGCUGAACAUGACUUGGAGGAAAAAUCCCCUACAUUUUCUAAAACAAUUUAGUAAAUUAAGCGCUGCAACAACUGCUGGUGCAAUUACUCUUCUUAGUAUUUAUGUUUAUGACAAGAGGAGUUCAAAGGCCGGGCUGUGUGCAUCAUGGACAAAUGUCAGCGAGGAGAUUCCAUACCCCAAGAUAAAAUGGAAUCAUAACUGGGACAGGAGAGACCCUAAAAGUUUGGUUAAACCAAGUAAAAAUGGUGUAGUUGAGAAGGAUGAAAAUAACAAUAUUAAGAACGACAUAUUAGACGUUACUCCUACAGCAACUAGAAAUAUACUGUUGAUAAGACAUGGACAAUAUAACCUAAAUGGUCUAACUGAUACAGAUAGAUACCUCACUACUUUAGGAAGAACACAAGCUGAUUUAACAGGGUCCAGAUUAAAGGAGUUAGAUCUACCAUAUACAAAAUUAAUAUCUUCAACAAUGACCAGAGCACUAGAAACAGCUGAUAUCAUACACAAACAUCUACCAGACUUACCUCGUGAAAAAAAUGAUAUGUUAAGAGAGGGAGCACCUAUUCCACCUGAACCACCUGUUGGACAUUGGAAACCUGAAAACUAUCAGUUUUACACAGAUGGUCAAAGAAUAGAGGCAGCUUUUAGACAUUAUAUACAUCGAGCCCCUGCAGAUCAAACUGAGGAUUCCUUUGAAAUAAUAGUUUGUCAUGCCAAUGUCAUCAGAUACUUUGUGUGCAGAGCUCUACAAUUUCCACCAGAUGGUUGGUUACGAUUAUCAUUAGCUCAUGCCAGUAUAACAUGGUUAACUGUACGUCCAAGUGGUAGAGUUAGUUUAAAAUGUUAUGGUGAUAGUGGUUAUAUGGAACCCAAGAAAAUCUCUUAUUCCUGAUUUUUACUUACAGAUAGUUCUUACUGCUUUUGGCUGCUUUCCGUCUUUAGCCAAUUAAUUGCUUACACAAAAACACCUCAUUUAUCAGGCAUUUGAAAAACAAAUUAUGGAAAUUUUGAUAUGACAUUUAAACUUACAAGUGAAUGAAAAAAAUUGAUAGCAAUUGAAAAAGAAAAAAGCCACAAAAUAGGGCUGGGCAAUAUACCAGUAUUACGAUAAAUAUAGGGAUUUAUAUCUACAGUAAUAUCACCUGAUCAAAACAUACUGAAAUUUCACCAGAUCGUGAUAUAUUGUAGUUAUCAUGAUGUAUAUCAUUAAAUUUUUGUCCAGAUAAGAUCAUCUACACAAUUCUAACAAGUAACUUAAUAUUUGAAACAGAUGUUUUUUUCAUGAUAUUCAAUAAUGUGGUGUUUUAAAGAGAUAUUUAUUGUUUUUUCUUACAUUUAGAAAAAAAACAACAUUUUGUAUCAAAAAUCAUUAAAAAAAAAUAUACUGAAAUAAUAUCCCAUAUCGUUUUAUCCACUAGGACCAAAAUCGCUCAGCCCUACACAAAAAGGUGGCUAACUUUUUAUAUGACUCAGCAAUGUAUUGUAUACUUUAUGUUAGAUCUUGUUUGUUAUUAACUGUAAAAAAAAACAUAUAACAAAUUUGAUAAC